AUGGACAAGCUGCGUAAGAACCGGUCUGUAGUCCGCGGCGCAACGACUCGACGGCUGUCAUCUGCAACCGACCUCCUGAAACAAGAGAUACCGUCUACCGAAGAGUUGCAGGUGGCCCUCGAUGACCUUUUGGACAAAGAUGCGACGCUUGCGGGCUUAAACGAAAAGAUUGCGGACCUCGUCGACGACGACAGUUACGAAGAGGAGGUCAGUACCGCCUUGGAUUACCACGAAAGGAUUCUUAGCUGCAUCAGCAGGAUUCGACUUCGCACGCGCUCCCGUUCCGACGCCACCCUCGCACAGGCCGCCGCCACCGUUUCGCUUCAAGACUCACCAGGGGAUCGUACCGAAUACGUUAUGAGUGGCGCGGCUCCGACCGCUCCAACCGUUCACGAUAAUCCUGCGCUUGGGAUGGUACCACGACCCUCGACGAAACGGGUUGCCCUUCCGAAGUUGCAGGUGCCCGUCUUUUCCGGAGACCUCCGUGAGUGGCAUGGAUUUUGGGAGCACUUUGAAGCCACAAUCCAUACAAAUCCAGACCUACCCGCAAUCGAAAAGUUCAAGUACCUACGAUCCUACUUGACCGGACAAGCGAAGCGCGCCGUGGAAUGGAUCAGGCUCACCGAGGACAAUUACGCCACUGCAGUCAAUGUCCUAACCCAGCGCUUCGGUCGUACGGACGCGCUUGUAGAUGAGCACAUCGACAGUCUGCUUGCAAUUACGCCGAUCCAGAACUCUUCACAGCUGGCCCGACUUCGCGAGCUCUACGAGCAUAUUCUCUUCCGUACUAGUUGCCUCGAGACCCUUGGCGUGUCCCCCGCAGAGUAUGCUGUUGUGCUGCAUAGGGUGCUCAUGCGAUCGUUGCCGGAGGAUAUAGCCGUGCUGUACCGUCAACGCAUGAAGGAGGAUGUUGCGGCUACUGAAGCUGCGGCGUCACGAGCGGCUACUGAUGCUGCUGCGUCCCGUGAACCUGCGGCGUCCCGAGCGGCGCAGGUUAAGAACAUUAUGCAAUUCUUACAAGUACAAGUUGAAAGCAGGGAGGACACACGUGCGGGUCGUGCAAGGCUUGCUUCGACCGUUCCUGGUACUAUGGAUCGUUCCUCCCAAGCUCCCGUAGCGUCGUCCACCUUACCGACAGCACUGGCUUUUGCCGCAUCGUCAUCGCAUCCUCGUCCCUCUUGUCCGCUCUGCAACUUGGCAAGUCACACUGUUCAGGAAUGCCAUCUUGCCAUCUCGACGGAUGACAAGAGAAGAAGAUUGACAGCCAACAACUGCUGUUUCAAGUGCGGCAAGCACGGCCACUUCGCUCGCAGCUGUCGCAGUGCUACUUGGUUGAGGUGCCGCCACUGUUCAAGACGUCACCUCUCUGUGCUAUGUGAUCUCUGGAAGAGAAACGGUGACGCCGCUACGGACCAGAUUCCCACUCAUGGAAGUGUGCUCAGCGCCUCGGCUGGUGAUGAGCAACCCGUCACAUCAGCCCCGGCCAGUAGCGACUCGCCAUCACCAACGCUACUUCAGACAGCAACGGUUUGGGCAGCUGGAGGUAACGAGCGCAUAAAGGUGCGUGUACUCUUCGAUACUGGGAGUCAGCGAACCUUCAUACGAAGGGACAUCUCCCUGAAGCUUGGCCUUCCCUGCAUCGACGAAGAGGAUCUAACCGUAUUCACCUUUGGGAAUUCGACACGCCCUCAGCGCUAUCAUUGCCGCAAGAUGAGGGUAGAGCUUCGCAGCCUGUUCGGCGACAAGUCCGUUGCGCUUGACGCGCUAGAAGUUCCAGAGGUCUGCACCGUGAGGAGCGCAGACAUUACUCCGGAGUUAAGAUCCAGUCUCCACACGAAAGAGAUGCAGCUCGCUCAUGAGCCGCUUAGCGGAGGUUUGGAUUCUGUGAUCAGCGUACUGAUUGGCUCGGACCUGUACUGGACCGUCGUUACCGGUUGCGUCGACCGUCUCAGCGAGCAUAUGUGCGCAGUAGAAACUGUAUUCGGUUGGACGGUGCAAGGCGCCUACUCCCGGAUUACCCAUCCUCUGUCUGCUAACGGCCACACCACUGCUCUCUUCCUUGCAUGUUCUGAGGGGUGGUGUACAGCGCAUCCGGCUGGUGACCCUUCCGAAAUGUGGAGGCUCGACGCUAUUGGUAUUUCAGACCCUGGGGAACCGCCCAGAGAAGAGCCAACGGCGGUGGUGCAGUUCCGUGACGCUAUCUACAAGGACAAAGGGCGUUAUGUCGUGCCCAUCAUGCUAAAGUCUCAAGGCCACUUGCCAAGCACGAAUCGGACAGUUGCAGAAACGCGGCUAAUGCGUCAGCUACAACGCUUCCUGACCCAACCCGAAGUACUUCAGGAGUACGACAGCGUCAUCAGGGAGUACCCGAAGGAAGGUCAUGCAGAGGAAGUGCCAACGAACGACGAUUCAAGGAUGGUAUACUAUCUUCCACAUCACGCAGUCGUACGUCGAGAAGCCGUCACCACGAAAGUUCGGGUCGUAUUCGAUGCGUCUUCUCAUGAGCUGGAGAGUCCUUCGCUCAACGAUGUACUGGACAAAGGAGUGAAGCUCGGGGCAGAGUUGUUGCAGCUUCUGUUGCAGUUCAGAUGCAGCCCAAUAGUCCUCACCGCCGACAUACGUAAAGCGUUCCUACAGAUCUGCAUCAGGCCGGACGAGCGGGAUCUUCUGCGCUUUCUCUGGUUUAACCAGUUACCCACUGAGGGACUGCCUACUCCCAGCAUCUGCGAGUGGCGAAUGACGAGAGUGCCUUUCGGGGCAUCUUCUAGCCCAUUCUUGCUUGCGGCUACGUUGCAGCACCACCUAGAGGAGUGGAAGAAAACAUACCCGAACAUCGCGGCUCGGCUGCAGAAAUCUUUUUACGUCGACGACUUAGUCAUCGGGGCUCACUCUCAGGCCGAAGCACUGGACAUCUACAGAACGGCGAGUGCAAUCCUUGCAGACGCCAGCAUGGAGCUCAGGAAGUGGUGCUCCAGCUCAUCUGUUCUCAACGAACGGUUUUACGCGGACGGGGUCUCGAUCGACAACGUCACCGGGCGCACGACUUCUUGCAAGGUUCUCGGUCUAGUGUGGGAUCGCGACGCUGACAGCGUCGUCAUAAGCACUCAGAAUGUGUCCUCGUACGUUGCGACGCAAUUGCCUACGAAACGGACAGUGCUACAGGCCUUCGCACGAAUCUAUGAUCCUCUUGGACUUAUCGCCCCAUUCGUCUUAAGGGCAAAACUGCUCUUCCAGAACCUAUGGAAACUGCACAAGGGCUGGGAUGACCCGCUAGAGAGAGAAACAGAAGAUCAAUGGACAGCAUGGACAUCGGAACUAGGCCUUCUCUCAUCAGUCAGGGUUCCACGUUGCGUCGUUCCAGUUCAAAGUGAAGAAGGAGCGAACGUCGAGUUGCACAUGUUCUGCGACGCAAGUCCGCAAGCAUAUGGUACGGUCGUGUAUGUUCGAUAUGCGCUUUCCAAUGGCCAGUACUCCGUACGUCUCCUGAUGAGCAAAUGCCGCGUUGCUCCCGUCAUGCCUGUGUCGUUGCCUCGACUGGAGCUGCUUGCUUGUUUACUCGCUGCCAGGCUCUGGGACUACGUCAGGCAGAUUCAAGAGUUUUCCAGCUACGUGGCUUGGUUUUGGACGGACUCCGCCAUUGCAUUACAGUGGAUCACUGGUGGCAACGACCGGCAAGAGACCUUCGUCAGGAACCGCUCGUCGGAAAUACGUCGGUUGACAGAGACGUCUACCUGGCAACACUGCCGAAGUCACGAUAAUCCGGCAGACCUAAUCACGCGCGGAGCACCAGCCUCGUUUGCCCAGCAGAAGUUAGCCUGGUGGUCGGGUCCGUCAUGGUUGUCGCUUCCGGAACCGAACUGGCCACCUAGGGCCGUGACUCCAAAAACCGACAACGGAAGCAAUGCUCACCUGACUGCCUGUCCGACAGCACCGGUGCCCUCGCCUAGUUCCGAACCCCUGCUCCAGGUUACGCACUACGAGCGCCUUCUCAGAAUACUGCGAAUUACAGCUUGGAUCAAAAGGUUUUUGUGGAACGCCGGGGUACGAGGAACACCCCUAUCAGGACCGCUCUCAGCGGCGGAACUGAAUGAUGCGGAGCUUUACUGGCUCAGGAACGUUCAAGCAGUAUCGUUUACGCGGGAAGUUGCCGCGUUGAAGUUGGGACGCGCAGUUCCGCGAGACUCCACGGUUCUAACUCUCCAGCCUUUCUUGGACCGUUAUGGACUACUUAGAGUAGGCGGUCGACUCCAGCAGCUCAACGAGCCAGAUGAGGUGAGACACCCAAUCAUGCUCCCAAGUGACCAUCGGUUCACCGAGCUCCUGAUCGAAGCUACACAUGUUCGCCUUGUUCAUGGUGGAGUGCAGCUUACACUGGUGGAGCUGCGCUCAAGGUUUUGGAUCUUGAAGGGACGACGGACCGUCAAGCGCGUCCUGAAUGCUUGUCUACCGUGUCGACACAGGAAGCUCCGUCCGGAGUCUGCCCCUGUCGCGCCACUACCAAGAGACCGGAUCACUGAGACUACGCCUUUUGCGGUUAGUGGAGUCGAUUUCUGUGGGCCGCUUUAUUGUAAAGCGCCAGGGGACACGUACUCCAAGGUAUACAUAUUGGUGUUCUCCUGUGCGGUAACUAGAGCGGUCCACCUGGAGCUCACAACGGACAUGACCGCACAAACGUUGCUACAAGCCUUCCGCCGUUUCGUAGCUCGGCGCGGGGUGCCGUCAACGGUAUAUUCAGACAACGCCAAGACGUUCCGGUGCUGCUCGAGGCUACUGCGCAGAGCAACAAACGAAGCCAUCCUAGACCACGCAAGUACUCAUCGCAUACACUGGAAGUUCAUUGCGGAAUGCGCCCCAUGGUGGGGAGGCUUCUGGGAACGCGUUAUUCGUACGAUAAAGGAGGCGCUUAGGCGUUCUCUAGGGCGUUCCAGUCUGAGCUAUGAAGAGCUAUUUACCGUAGUACUAGAGGUGGAAGCAGCAGUUAACAGUCGGCCCCUUACACCCCUCACUGACGACAUCGAAGACAGGGAGGUUUUGACUCCUUCACACUUCAUGUUGGGAAGAUGCGCAGUCAGGCUACCACCCAGAAUAGAGGUACCCGCAGCGAACUCUACUCCCGUCCACCUGCGACGCAGAUUUCAACUCAGACACACACUUUUAAAGCGAUUCUGGGUACGCUGGAAAAGGGAGUAUCUCCUCUUGCUCCGGUCAGGUCAUCACGCCGCACCAGCCCCAAGAUCCACUCUGCAGGUCGGAGAUGUCGUAGUGGUAGAGGACGACAAUUUACCUUCCCUAACUUGGAAAACUGGCCGCGUCGUCGAGUCUAUACCUGGGAAUGACGGUGUUGCGCGAUGCUUCUGGGUCCUCCUUCCGAGUGGACAGCGGAUCCGGCGCCCGAUACAGCGACUGUACCUUUUGGAGGCAGACGCAACCAGCGCCGCGGGGGAGGAUGUUGAAGAUCGGCUCACUGGAGGAGGAAGACGGGGGGACGGGGAAGCUCGCGCUGAGUAA